CGGGCAGGCGGGCGGGCAGAGGGUUGACUCUUCUGACAUAUGGGUUCCCCUUGCGGGACAGCCCAGCCCAGCCCAGCCCAGCCCAGCCCCCCACUCAAUCAUAUGAAGCCGCUCCCGAGACCGCGACGUUGGCACCGUCGGGCGCUGUUGCUCAGACCGGCAGGUGCGGUGCCAACCUAACCCGAGUCACCUCUACCCAUCCCGAGAGUUCCCGAGGCCCCUCCCUACACCCUCUUGGGUACAAGGAAGUAUUUCGCAGCUGAAAGCAAAUCAGAACGAGGUGAGGUGCACGAGCUCGAGCUCGAAUGAUUGUGCUCGCAAGGAGGCAGAGCAAGGAGAUGUCGUUAGGGUCGCAGGACGAUCCAAUGGAACUUUCACAGCAGACAGACUCCAUGGCCAAAGCCACCAAAGCAAGCGCAAGGAAUGCAACUAGAAGGACGGAUGGAGGGAUGGGCUGACGACUCCGGCGACUCACAGCUGCUAUAAUAUAACCGCCCCACCAGCGCAUCCAUCCAUCCGGUUCUGAUAUCUCAGAAACAACAGAUCGUGGGAGAUGAUGAUGAUCCUGAUUAAUCGUCACCAACGACCACCAUCUCCUCCAGCUGAGGUCUUCUGGGCUAACCCAAAAUACUUCUCGUGUGCUUGUGGGUGGGGCACUGCUGCACUGCUACACUGCUGCACUCGGACGUUCCGUAGAGGAUGGAUGCUCAGUUGGCAUUAUUCACAGGGUUUAUGGUUUGCGGUUCCUUUUCUACGACCAUCACCUCAUAUGCUGAAACAUAUCAGAAACAUAAUGUUCGUUCGAUUCGAUUCGGUUCGCACCAGCAACAUCUGGAAUGAGGAGGCCUUAGAUGUCGUCAUGACCCCUCCUCGCUCAUGUGUUGGUAAUCGGGAAGAUGAAGGCGAUGAGCUCAAAAGACGUGCCUGACUUUCACCCUACGCCACCAGAAGCACGGAGCUGGGAAGAUUGCGAGGCAUUUGGUUCUUGUCAAGUGGACAGAACUGGACGAGGGCAGCCAGCAUGGUGGAGUCGAGUGGAGUGUUGUGGGUGUAGCAAAGAGAAGCUUUUUAGAAAGAUCCCCUCAACUGUAAAGCUACAAAAUGGGCCGUUCUCGGACAGCAGAAUCAGGAUGCAUUCGGGCAAAUGUAGCUCCACGCGUAGAGGAACGAACGAACAUGGAAAGCAUCUAAUCAUCCACCUCACACAUCGCCACUCCGCCCUUGCUAUCUAUAUCUUGCGCCGCUCCACUUUCCCUGCCCCUCGAUGGAUCUGAUCUGUCUCUGAUAUUCACAUCGAUAACGACAUGACAUCCUUCUUUGUGGUGCCCAGAGACAAGACGAACAAGACUUUCGACCUUCUGAAUGUGCAACACCCUGAACCAUUAUGCCUACACCCUCCACCACGUCCUCUGAAGACGUACGCAAGCAAGCCAGAUGCGAGUGACAGAGCUUGCACGCAGCUAGAUGUUCACAUAGCAGAGCAAGCCAAGCCAGGAGUUUUUUCCUUAACCCAUCCCAUCCCAUCCCAUCGCAUCCCAUGGCGGAGGAGCACUUUACGAGCUCAUUGGGCAGCAGGAGGAGACGGGAAUAGCGGAGAAUUGGAGGCCAAGGAGAGCAGAGCAGUAGCAGGAGCAGGGCAGGGCAGGUGGAAGAUAUGAUACUGAAAUCCGGGUCUCAAGACGCCAUGUGAUGUCUGCGAACAUGUGAGGAUUCCCGAGGCGGAAAAGCUGCUGAUUUAAUUAUCAAGUGCUUUUUGAGAAUGAGGCAUAAUGAGCUUCAUUUGCGAUUCGAAGAAAAAUAGAACUUUGCUGCUGGCUGCAUGCGUUCAGGAUGUUUUUAAAGCAUAUUUCCAUGUCACUCGCCCACCGAACUGACACCGGUUUUUAACCCUGGGCGUUGGAGUUCGAACAGGAAUUAUCUCAAAUAGCUCAAGGGAUCCGAUUUCUCGUCCGCCUACUGUUGAUUCAUGUGAUCACAUGCACCCUACACAUCCAUCCUGUGUACCCUCUCUGGUCUGCAGAUUCGACUGGCUGUACAUGAGCCUGCUCUCCUCAAUGGUGGCUGGGAAACAAGUUGCUACAGAGCAGUCAUGGAUGCACUGCAUUCCAUUGUCUCUCGUCUUCGACUUGCUCUGCACUGGGAUCUGUACAGCAGCGCUUGACGGACGAUGAUGGCGGUCGCCACUGUGAACCCUUUCAACCCCGAGCCACUCGAGGAGUCCUACGACGACAUCGAGUAUCAUCCUCUGCUCAGAGUGAACAGAAAAUUGCAAAAGAAAAAAUGAUAUGUGUUUUGUAAGACGAGAGCCUGAAAUAUGCUCGAGGCAAUAGCACGACGGAAGUUUCCAGUCUCCUUCACAUUCUUCCAGGGAUUCCAUAGCGAGCGAGAUUUCUGAGUUGGUGAUUUUUUCACUUCUUCCUCGUCUUCUUCGCAGAAAGGCGUGAGGGAUGGCACAUGUUGUUAGCACGCCCGGUUCCCAAGGAGGAGAACAGUUCUGUCGAUGCAUGCCCUACCAUUAUCUCCUCCUCUCCUGCUCACCACUUGCCAGGCCCUCCCCGGCCCGGCCAGCUUGCUUUUGUACCAGCCCCAGAACCAUAGACCGACUCAUUGUUCUGCUUCCCCGUUUGCUCGCUUCAUUGUCAGCGGAUUUUGUAUGGCACUAUUUUAAUUUCUCUUUAUUCUUCUGGCAUAUCUGGCAAUGAAGAGGAAUAUGGCUCUUUUCGAGUCCUUUUGCCGAAAAGAAAAGCUCGAGAGCCCGGGUUCUAGGGCACAAUGAUAUGAAAAAGUCGCAUGAUACAGCACGUUGUCAUGGCAUGGCUUUGCUUGGCUUGGGUGGUCCGCCUUCUCUCAGUCGAAGAGAUGAAAUAAUAUUCGGAGGAAUCAGAGAAGCCGGUCUAGAACUCCUCAGCUCAGUAGCUAUAUCCUGGAAGGAUUAGUCCACACAAAUUCCGGUUUAUGUCGUUGUCUUUUAUGGACUUUUAAAAGGUGCAGAUCUUCGUCUUUCAGGGUUAAAUUUGUUGAUUCCAAAAGGGGAUGACUGCGUUCCCUUCCUUUCCCUUCGCUUCCCUUCUCGGAGCACAUGAAGAGGAAGCUUUUGUUUACGUCUGGACUUUGUGAGCUGGUCGCCAGUUCCAAGCCAGGCACGAGUCGGCAUUAAAGCGUG